UAACAGGGCAAGGGAAUCUGCACACGCUGCAGCAAGCCGAGGCCUGCUCUGGUGGCCGGAUGAAGCCCUUGGCUUGCUCCCCUCCUUCCUGCUCCCAGCCAAGGAGACCUGACUUGGUACCCCUACGCAGCUGCUGUCCCCGAGGUUUGUGAUGGGUCACCGGUGGCUGUGCCUGUUUGCUCUAGUAGCAGCUGCUCCCAGCUACGUGGGAGGUGAUGUGUCUGUGACAGAGGUGCCUGUUGCCCGUCAGUGGGCACCGUGCCCACAAGACGAGAACCCAGAGCCACAGGAAGGACACCUGCCCGUGCCCAAAUUCAGCACUUGCAUGCUCCGUUGCGCCGCCCAAGCCAUGCUCGGAAUAGUCCGCACCAAGCCCAGCACCUCGCUGAAACUCAACGAAGGCAGGGAAGGUGAAGACCAUGAGUUUUGCUGGAUGCUGCAUCUCCGCUGCCAGAAGGGAGAGAAGCUCACCAAGGCCUUUGUACUGCUAAACUUGCAGCAGCCUCCAGAGGGGGAUCAGCCACCUCCCUUCAGGCUGCUGCUCACUGCCCCUCCAUCACUACGGCAGCAUGUGCAAGCUCGCCACGGGAGCCGCUCAGCGAGGCUGCUUUCUGGGGAAGCCUGUGGCAUGCGCUUUGACGUGACUGAGUCCUUCCGUAGUGCUGAAGGCGGGCAGAACGCCGAGAUGUGUGUCAGGGCCGUGUGUUCAGCACAAGAUAUUUGCAGCAGCUUGUCAUCGGCGCUACGGUGCCCACCUUUCCUGGCUACAUUGUGGCGCAGUGUACCUCGGCCUGAUGGCUAGGCCUCAGAAAGGCGGGCAAGGCUUACUUCCCAAUGGAGAGGGGCCUAGCAAAUGUUGGAAUCAGAUGCUGAGGGGAGGAGAGGGCAUUGAUUCACAUGCACAGACUCCAGCUCAGCCACUUGUGCACCAGCAAGAGACUUCAAAACCCUAAGAAGGGGUGGUGUUGACACUCCUUGUCAAGAUUGGAGAGAAUCCCUGAAAGGGGAAGGUGACUGUUUCUUGUUCAAUCAUUGAGCCGCUAACGGGGGGUGGGAUAUUAAUGUUCCCUAAUUUGCUAGAACUGCUGCUACUCCAUUAUUCCACCUUUACCUGACUGAAUUGUGGUGUCCGGCUCUUUGUGUUACUCCCCUCUCAGUCCAUUCCUUUGUUUUUCUUAUGACUUUAUACUUUUUUGGAGAAGACUACUGCUAUUGAACUAAAUAUUAUCCCCAGGUACCUGAAAUGGGAUGGGGAAAGCUUUGUAAUACAGCUAAAUAUCUUAUUGUGUGAGGCUUUUAGAAUAAAUUGCAGCUAAGCCUCUAGAGAAGUAUUCUCAACUUUUUCCCCUCCACUUUUAUUUUACAAAAUACAGGCUACCCAAUGUUUUAUAUUAGCACCUUACUCAGAAGAAUACCUGCCAUCUCUAUGUGGAAUUAUCCAAGUAAGUAGAUAAGGCACACAGUCCCCAAAAGCAUUGCGUGUUUUAUGCAUUCCACCUUAUUAACCAAUGCAAAGCAGUGUAGAAAUCAAACAGAAUGAGAAGUAAAUUUAAACUAGAGCUUCGAAAUAACUCUGAGCAAAACAGAGCAACUCAAACAAGGGAAAAAAACUGUUCAAAAAGCUGAGAAGCAGGCAUAAAAAAAGAACCCUGUUCUAACUUAUAUGGUAACCCACCCCUCAAAAAACCCCUUUGCAUUGUUAUUGAUCUAUUUUCAGGUUUAUGUAGCUGGGGCAUACAUGUGUUGAUUAGCUAGAAAAGUUGUUGACUUGGCAAGGGCUACAUUUUUCCUGCUGGAGGCGAUGUUCUUUUUAAUAGUUACAUGAUGAACAGAAAUUCUAUAAGGUGUUGCUUUCCCUACUGCUGCACCUCUGUGCGUAUGAUAAAUCACUACUGCUUUUCCAGAUAUGCCUUUAAAACUCAAAAUGUUGCUGAAAGGGAAGCUUCUUAAUUCAGGGUGUAUGCCAGAUUCUGGUUAUCCUUGGGGGGAAAUUAGGACAAUAGGAAACCUUCAAUUAGGAUUCCUGCUUCUUUUUCUGGGGGAGGGGCGCUUCUCCUGUGUCCCAAAACCAUUUCAGAGUCUAUGAUGCAUACACUGGUUUGUCUUUUUUCAUGGCAGCUGUCAAAAGAGCAGGAGCUA